AUGUUGACGACAGCGAAAUCGGCCCGAAACGCAAUCCAUCUCAUCUCGUCUGACCCGAUGACGACUCCUAGCCUGGGUUGCAUUCUUCUUCUUUCCUUCCAGAUCCUGGCCCUCGCCAGCGUGGCAUCGGCAACGCCCCACUUGUUCAAGAAAAAGAUCAUCUUCGCCUCGGACAACGAGGGCGGUUACGGUGGCCAAGGAGGAGGUGGAGUAGGAGGUGGCGGCGGCAGCUUUUCUCUCGGAGGGCUGGGCCUAAGCUUCUCGGGUGGACUGAACGGCGGAGGUAGUGGUGGCCACGGAGGCGGAAGCUACGGUGGUGGCCAACCACAUGGUGGUAGUUCAGGAGGUGGAUUCUCCGGAGCUUCCGCGCACGCUUCAGCGUCGGCGUUCAGUGGAGCGAGUGGAGGUGGAGGUGGAUUCAGCGGUGGAGCUCCUGCAGGAGGUCAUGGUGGCGGUGGAUUCAGCGGGGGAGCUCCUGGGGGAGGCCACGAUGAUUAUGGUAGCAGCUAUUCUCCUUCCUACAACUAUGGUGGACAGGGUGGUUCUUCGGGAAGUUUUGCAAAUGCUGGAGCGAGUAGUUUUGCCAGCGCUGGUUCCGGAUCUACCGGAGGUGGUGGUCACUUUGGUGGACCAACGGGAGGUUCGGCUGGGUUUGGACCUGGAUCGGGGUCAGCCGGUGGACAGGGUGGCCACGGAGGAGGUUACACCAAAGAAGUGACCAUCACGAAGCACGUGGAUCGACCGGUUGUGGUGGAGAGACCCUACCCGGUUUAUGUGCAGAAGGAAGUGCCCGUUACGGUGGUUAAGGAAGUGCCCGUCGAUCGACCCGUGUUGGUGCCGUAUCCAGUUGGUAACAACGGAGGUGGUCACGGAGGAUCGGGCGGUGGAAACUACGGGGGAGGUGCCCAGGGAGGAAGUUUCGCCACGGCUUCAGCGUCAGCAUCUGCCGGUAGUUUUGCCUCUGGUGGAGGCUCCGGAACGGGUGGCAAUGGAGGUCAGGGUGGAUAUGGACAAGGAGGUUACGGUCAAGGAGGUUAUGGACAAGGAGGAAAUGGACAAGGAUAUGGAGGUGGUGGCUACGGAGGAGGAAGUCAAGGUGGUGGUCAUGGAGGUGGUCACGGAGGUGGCUUGACGAAGACGAUCACGAUUCAGAAAACAUUCAACAAACACAAGCACCAUCAUCAUGGUUAUUAAGUAAAUGAACCGUUAAAACUCAUGUUUGUAAAUAUCCAUUAAAUAAUGCACAAGUUUUGUUAUUUUUGCAAAUAGUAUAUUGUAAUGCACAGUAUUGUUUUAUGCUAAGAUUACUUUUAAGCUCGUUGAAACAGUGUAAUUUCAUUUAAUUUUGGCAAUUUCAACAUGGAUUUCUCAACUAAGAUUUCUCUAUAUACUAAAGAUAU